UCAUUUUUGUUAAAGAAUGAAGGUGUUGCUGCCGCUGUAGCUAUCGUAGUAUAGGGUGGGUGCAUGCUUAUUGUCUAAGCAAGCAAGCAAGGCAUACAUAACUCAACUCCCUCCGUCACCACCUUUCUCCUCAUCAGUUACACUGUCUCUCUCAUUCUUCAUUUUUACGAUAACAAAUAAAUAACAAUGCUAUGAUCACAUGACCCAUUCUUCAAUUCUUCAACCACAACCGGAACUUCCUACAGUUCCGGUCUAAACUCUAAACCCCUCACAAUGCCUUCAUUUUCCAAACCAUUCUUCAACCAACGUCACACCAUUCCUCUUCGCAGAUCCUCAUUCCUCAUCCUCCUCAUCACCUUCCUCCUCCUUUUACUCCUUAUCGUUUUUCUUAAACCGUUUCAUAACAAUCGCUGCCUCAACACUAACCCUAGAUCCGUUCGCGUUGUAUGGGAUCACGGCACCGCCGCCGCCACCAUCGGUGGCGGAAAUUAUAGGCAUAAGGUUAUGGCAUUUGUUGGAAUUCAAACUGGAUUUAGAUCUGUUGGAAGACGUCAAUCUUUGAGGAACACUUGGUUUCCUUCCGAUCCUAAUGGACUUCAACGCUUGGAAGAAGCUACUGGAUUGGCUUUUAGGUUUGUUAUUGGUAGAACAAAUGAUAGAUCGAAGAUGUCUGCGCUUAAGAGGGAAAUAGCCGAAUAUGACGAUUUCAUUCAAUUGGAUAUUGAAGAGGAGUACAGUAAGCUCCCAUAUAAAACGUUGGCUUUCUUUAAAGCUGCUUAUGCUCUUUUUGAAGCCGAAUUUUAUGUCAAAGCUGAUGAUGACAUAUAUUUAAGGCCAGAUCGUCUUUCAUUACUACUUGCAAAAGAGAGAUCUCAUUCCCAGACGUACAUAGGAUGCAUGAAAAAGGGCCCUGUUUUCACUGAUCCGAAACUCAAAUGGUAUGAGCCAUUAUCUAAUUUGCUUGGGAAGGAGUAUUUUCUUCAUGCUUAUGGUCCUAUAUAUGCUCUUUCUGCUGAUGUUGUAUCAAGCUUGGUCGCUCUUAGGAAUAACAGUUUUCGGAUGUUCAGCAAUGAGGAUGUUACCAUUGGAGCUUGGAUGCUUGCAAUGAAUGUCAACCAUGAGAAUAUUCAUGAACUUUGUUCUCCAGAAUGUACAUCAACAUCAAUCGCUGUUUGGGAUAUUCCAAAGUGUUCAGGUCUCUGUAAUCCAGAAAAGAGAAUGUUGGAACUCCAUCAAAUGGACAGCUGCAUUCAAAGUCCAACAAUGGAAUCUGAUGAAUAGUAUUUAUAUUUAUCCUUAUAUUUAGUUCAGGAACUCCUUGUGUAUACAUUAAUCUUUAUCUUUCUAAUUCAUACAUCUUUCAAGUGAUCAGAAGAUACUUUUUUUUUUUCUUUCCCUUUACCUUCUUCAGGCCGGCCUUAUAUGUAAAGGAUGAGAAAAUAGAUAUAACUAAGGGAUGAUGACAUCAUUUAACUAUACUUUUUUUCCUUUUGGAAAGGAUCAUUGAACUA